UGCCAACUGUGGAUGUGUUUCAGAUCUCUACUAAGGAAAGAUUUGGGUUGGGACAUCAGCUGAAAAAAAUCAUGCAGACGUUUGUUACACAGCAGUGGAAGAAUAGCAGAGAGAAGUCUAAUUGUACGUACAAUGAGAAAGUGUCUGACAAAAAGGUGAAAUCCCCUCUGCACAUCUUUUCUACAUUGCGCAGGUCGCCAAGCUAUCCUCCACCUGGUUGUGGUAAAAAUAAAUCAAAACUGAAGCCGGAACAGGAUGGCAUCUGCAAAACUCACAAGCUACUGAGAAGGACUUGCUCCAGCACAGUUAAGACGGAGGAUGUGUGUGCCACAAAAUCCCACAGAACCUUUGGCCGCUCGCUGUCCAGUGACCCUAGGGCUGAGCAGAUGAUGGCUGUUAAAUCGCACAAACUGUUGAACCGUUCUUGCUCUGCGGCCAUCAAGCAGGAGGAGUGCAUCACUUUAAAGCCCCAUAAGCUGCUAAGUAGGUCCUGUUCGGGAGAUCCUCGAUGUGAGCACAACAGCACCUUGAAGCCCCACAAACUUUUAAGCAGGUCUUACUCCAGUAAUCUGAGAAUGGAAGAAUUAGAUGGGCUGAAGAAUCACAAGUUACUCAGCAAGACUUACUCCAAUGCCCCUAAGUCAUCCAAAAUUGAGCCUUUCAAGGAGUCCACCAUAGCAGAGGGCAGGAGGCUCUCUCUUACCUCAGGGCUUAUUGGUUUCUUAACACCAUCUUCAUCAUCACCUUCACAAUCUGCUGUGCAAGAUGGCUUUUACACUUCAGAGUAG